GCGCCGCUUCGCCGCUGGCGCGUCCCGGCGAUGAGAAAUUUCCCGUUCAGAACACAAUGUUUUGUUUGUUGUGGAGGCGGUGAAGGCGGAGGUGUUCUGUCCUGGUUGAUAAAUUUGAUUUAGUCGCAACAGCAGUACCUUUUUUGCUCAAUACCAUUCAUAUCCAGCAGUUGAGUAGGUACCUACGCAUCUACCUCACUUUCAUUGUAUAGAAUGUGUUGAUGCACUGUCAAGAGUAGGUUAUGUCCUUGUCGUCUGGUUUGAAACAGGACCAUAGAUUAAAACCUUCCCUUUCGGUAGGUUUUCUUGGAUAGCUUUCUCAUUGCCUUUCAAAAUUAGUCGAAGGCGCUUUCAGAAUGGGCUUGUGUGGUCUGUGGCUAGACACUGGCUGAGCAGUUUCAUUCUCGGAAUGACUGCAGCCGCAGUCAUUUUCUACUAUGUUCUCAACGAUCAUAAAGGUGGAGAUAUACGCACUGGGCCUGGAUCAGCACUUGCGGAGAAAAUCCAAAGUAUACAGGAAGAAAAUGAUAUAUUGCGACAACAAGUUGGAGCAUACAAGGCGGAAAUAUCAUCACAUCUGUUAGAUGAAGCUCACAAUGGUCCUCAGGGCGCUGAUCUUCAUCCUCGUUUGGUGCCUGCGUCUUCUGGUGGCCCUUGUUCUGAUAAGGAAUCUUACAUCCCAAAAUGUGAAGUCGUCCAUGUAGCUAUUGUAUGUGCAGGAUAUAAUGCCAGCCGAUCAGUUGUUACCCUUUUCAAAUCAAUUUUGUUCUACAGAAGAAAUCCAUUACAUUUUCAUCUUUUGGCUGAUUCUGUGGCCCAAAUAGUCUUACAGAAGCUCUUUCAAACAUGGAGUAUUCCACAAGUGGAAGUAAGUUUUUACCUAGCUGACAGUGUAGUGCCAGAUGUGUCAUGGAUCCCAAAUAAACACUACUCUGGAGUGUAUGGGCUCAUGAAACUCACAUUGCCAAAGGUUUUGCCAAGCUCUCUACAGCGUGUCAUAGUUCUUGACACAGAUGUAACAUUUGCAACUGAUAUCGCCGAAUUAUGGAAAUUGUUUUCUCAGUUAAAAGAAAAACAGGCUAUUGGACUUGUGGAAAAUCAAAGUGAUUGGUAUUUAGGCAAACUAUGGAAAAACCAUCGCCCUUGGCCAGCACUAGGGAGAGGGUACAAUACUGGUGUAAUUCUGUUGGAGUUGGGAAAGCUGAGAAAGAUGGGCUGGGGUCAGUUGUGGCGUCUGGUUGCCGAGAAGGAUCUCACUACGUUGCUGUCUACUAGUUUGGCAGAUCAAGAUAUAUUUAAUGCCAUAAUCAAGACCCAUCCAGACCUAGUUUACAACCUACCCUGCCAGUGGAAUGUGCAGCUUUCUGACAAUACUCGGUCAGAGCUUUGUUAUACUGAAGUCACUGAUCUCAAAGUUAUACACUGGAAUUCUCCAAAGAAACUGAAAGUAAAAAAUAAGCAUGUUGAGUUCUUCCGUAAUUUGUAUUUAACAUUUCUUGAGUACGACGGAAAUUUAUUGCGCCGAGAGUUGUUUGGUUGCAAUUAUACUAGCACACAGUCUGCUGUAAAAGAACAUCAACUUAGUAUGUUAAAUGAGGAAGACCUAUGCUAUGAUUUACGCCGAGCCCAGGUCCGAUCUCUACGCACCCAUCUCUAUUUCCUUGACUAUCAGUAUGAACCCACUCCUGAUGGAUUUGAUGUAACCCUUGUAACUCAAUUAUCAAUGGACAGGUUACAAAUGGUGGAACUGCUUUGCCAGCAUUGGGAAGGUCCCAUCAGCCUAACUCUGUAUCUCUCAGAUGCUGAAGCGCAACAGUUUCUGUUGUAUGCGCUGAGUUCUCAGCUACUAAGUAGCCGCAAAAAUAUUGGAUUUCAUAUUGUUUAUAAAGAAGGAAACUUUUAUCCUGUCAAUUUAUUACGAAAUGUUGGUCUUCAACAAGUCGACACUCCUUAUGUAUUUCUGUCCGAUGUUGAUUUUUUGCCAAUGUAUGGUCUUUAUUCAACAUUGAAAAAAAGCAUUCAAUCACAAAAAUUACAAAAUGAAAAAAAGGCUUUGGUUAUCCCAGCCUUUGAGACGCAGCGAUAUCGCAUUACCUUCCCUCAAAAUAAGGCUGAUUUACUGCACAUGUUGGAUAUGGGCACUUUGUUCACCUUUCGUUACCAUGUGUGGACAAAGGGACAUGCACCAACCAACUUUGCUAAAUGGAGGACAGCGACAACUCCCUACAAGGUGCUGUGGGAAGCAGACUUUGAACCAUACAUUGCAGUUCGUGCCAGUGAUAUUCCUGAGUACGACACUCGAUUUGUUGGAUUUGGGUGGAACAAAGUCUCUCACAUUAUGGAACUUGAAGCUCUUGGAUUCCAAUGGGUGGUUUUACCCAAUGCCUUUGUUGUGCAUAUGCCACAUGCUCCUAGUUUUGAUAUUGCCAAAUUCCGUGGAUCCACUCAGUAUCGCAGAUGCCUUAAAGUUUUAAAAAGUGAGUUUGUAAAGGAUUUGAACAGAAAGUAUUCAAAACAUUUUAUUCUAGACUAAUGGCUUCUUGUUCACCAUCAUAUCUAGUCUAGCAAGAGACCAUGUGGUAAUGCAGCCUAAAUAACAUUUGUAUCAGUCAUAACUCCAGGCUGUUUUACUUAAUUUCCUAUUUUGAUUUUCCUCUAUGGAGGGAACUGGAACAAAUGUUGUGUUCUCAUUUUAUGUACUUUAAUUUAAAAAUAACAAUACCAAAGAUGCUGGCUGGGAGUAAAUGUUUGAUCUCAAUUUUUUCUUGCCAUGUUAACUUAAAUAUGAAUGUAAAGUUACAGAAUAUGGACUUUGACAGUACUCCUGUUACAUUAAAAUUAUAGUUAUAUUAUAGUAGUCAGUAACACCAUGUUUUGUUCUAUUAUUUCAAUCAUAUUUUUUUUUCGAUGUCAUUUGAACUUGUUUUUACAAUGUUUCGUAGUGCAUGUGUUCUUCUGUUUCUACUGCUAUUUUAACGUUUCAAUAAAGAAUUGUUUUAAUAAUUAAAAA